UAAAGGUGCAAUUUUUGAGGUCCAGCCGUCCGAUUGAAUCUGUCCUUCUCUUCUCGUGAUUUAAUUCAACUUGCAAUGUAGAAUUGAUUGAAGAGCCAAGAAAAAGUGCGCUAUAUAGAUAAGUAACUAUUGAUUCAUGGAUUACUCAGUAUCGCAAGGCAUUUUCAAAAUUCAAACAACAAGAAGGGCUGUAACAAAUGUGAAAAGUCCAAAACGAAGGGAACGCGCCACACGCGGCCCCAAAAUUAUCCCCAAACCCCACCAAAUUCAAGAACUCCAAAUCUGAAUCGCCAAGUUAUCCAGUGAUGUCCAAAGCGGAACAAUUCCAAACUUAACUCUGAGCUCACCUUUCAAGAACGGGGAUUGUGAUUUCAGUUAGUAUCUAACCAAGUCUAAAAAAAUGGGUCGGGGUUCAUCUUCUCUACCCGAUUGACUGUUGCUUUUGGCCAUCUCCUACCAGAUUUAAGAGCAAAAAGCCUUCCUCAAUCUCUGAUUGUUCGAAAUAAAUAGUUACCAAGUACAUGCAGACACUUUCCAUUUACGAAUUGUCCGCACAAAAAGUUGAUCUGCAGUGGCUUUUUGGAAGCUCCAUUAAGCUAGUCACCAGCUCCAUUAUUCCUGAUCUCAGAAAAGGGUCCAGAGAAGUGGUUUCUUUGAAUACUUUGAAGAUUUAUGGAGGAUUUACGGAUUUCUGUUCGUGGCGAUGAACUGAUGGAAGGGUGGUGGUUUCGGGGGUGGCGGCAGCGGGGUGAGAGGAAGAGGAAGGUGGGGACUUUUUUAUUAGUUGUGUUUUUUGUUUUUUAUUUUUUAACAAUUAAAAUCUAAAUAAAAGUUGUAGGGCCCGCAUCAAUCACAAAAAUUACUUAAAUAUUACACAAUUGACGGAAUGGAGACCUCUUCGGUUAAAUUCUCAAAAUUUCUGUUAAAAAACUAAAAUUGACCAAACAAACAUUUUUGGUGACUUAUUUUGUUAGAAAACAAAUAAAAAGGGACUCACCUGAACUACCCCAAAACAUUAGGGACCAAAUCUGAGGUUUUCCCAUAAAUAAAUUCAAAUCUAACCGUGUGCGUGGUCUAAAACCCUAACAAUAGCCACCCAUUCAAUUGUAUUCUGCUCCCCCUAAAACCCUUUCUCUGUGAGAGAGGAGGAAUAGAAAGUCGUCAACAAUGGAGCAUGAGUAUCAGAAUAAUCCCUCCGGCAAAAUGCCGCAAAAGAUAAGAUUUGAAUACGAUGACGACGAGGGGGAGGAGGAAUCAAGAUUCCAAGACCCAGAUGAAACCAUCGAAGAGGCGGCCACCGAGAGUUCCAACCUCGAAGAAGAUCUUACCAUGUGCGAUCCCGACCCGGAUGACGCUUCUGUUAUUGGCGCCGACAAAACUAGCGCCGAUUACUACUUCGAUUCCUACUCUCACUUUGGGAUUCACGAGGAAAUGUUGAAGGAUGUGGUAAGAACUAAGACUUACCAAAAUGUCAUCUACAAGAAUAGCUUUCUUUUCAAGGAUAAAGUUGUACUUGAUGUGGGUGCUGGGACUGGAAUCCUUUCCCUGUUUUGUGCAAAAGUUGGGGCAAAACAUGUUUACGCUAUUGAAUGCUCCGGCAUGGCUGAUAUGGCGCAAGAGAUUGUGAAACUUAAUGGAUAUUCAGAAGUUAUUACAGUUCUGAAGGGAAAGGUUGAAGAGAUUGAGCUUCCAGUUGCACAAGUGGAUAUAAUCAUUUCAGAGUGGAUGGGAUACUUUUUGCUCUAUGAAAAUAUGUUGGACACAGUCCUUUACGCUCGUAAUAAAUGGCUUGUCAAAGAUGGACUUGUAUUGCCUGAUAAAGCUUCUCUCUACCUCACAGCAAUAGAAGAUGCAGAUUACAAGGAAGACAAAAUUGAAUUUUGGAACAAUGUAUAUGGCUUUAAUAUGAGCUGCAUCAGGAAGCAAUCCAUCAUGGAGCCUCUUGUUGACACUGUAGACCAGAAGCAGAUUGUCACAAGUUGUCAGCGGCUUAAGGUUGGAAAUUUAUCAGUCCUCUGAAACUGCAAUGUUUCUGUUUUGUCAUAUCAAUCAUUUGUCUUAAUUUUGAAGUUGAUUCAUGCAGACAAUGGACAUUGCUAAGAUGGAUUCAGGGGAUGCCUCUUUCACUGCUCCUUUCAAGCUAGUGGCGGAACGAGAUGAUUACAUCCAUGCUCUUGUAGCUUAUUUUGAUGUGUCUUUUACAAAAUGCCACAAAUUGAUGGGCUUUUCAACAGGUAAAUGUGGCUUGAAUGAGAUCUCCAUUUUCUUUAACCAGUAAAGUAUCUAUUCGGAUGCCUUUAUUUAUACAUGCUUCUUUAUUCCCAUCUGCAUCUCAGAGGCGGCAGCCUCAUCGAGUGGGAAAGAAUUUCUGGCUUCCUUUCUUGUGUAGAAUGGAAACCUAGUUCCUCGAAGAGAUUGUGGAAUCUUUAGAUCUUAGAGCAAUAACAAAUGAUUGACCACUUUUGAUCACUGUUAUCCUUAGUUUUGUAUCGUGACACUAGAUUGUCUAUUUACAGGGCCAAAAUCGCGAGCAACUCAUUGGAAACAAACUGUUCUUUACCUUGAAGAUGUGCUAACUGUUUGCGAAGGAGAAACUAUAGUUGGCAGCAUGACGGUUGCCCAAAACAAGAAUAAUCCCCGAGAUGUGGAUAUAGUGCUGAAGUAUUCAUUAAAUGGCCGACGUUGUAAGGCUGCAAGAACUCAGUCAUACAGGAUGCGUUAAUGUUGCAUUCUGUAGCUUUGAGGUUAUUCUGCUGCCUCUUCUUUUCCGCUCCCGGAUAGUGGGGGGUGCAAUGAUUUGUUCUGUACACGAAGUUAUUGGAUUAGUGUCAUGUAUGAUUUAUAUUAGUAUCAUGAUUUAUCUCUGUGCUGUUAGGAUGGAGCAUUUUUCCGCCAUCUGUUUUGUUAUUGUUUUGCGUUCCAAAAUCAACCAUGUUUGGAUACGGCUGCCUGUUUAGUUCUGAGGUUCUCGUGGACAACUGUUCUCCGAAAAUUUCUUUGUAAUGAGUAGUAAAAUGUUUAGUGACAAUAAGUGUUAAACCUUAAAAGCUCUCUUUUCUCACUGUAUGUGAGCUUGCCUUUUAAAGAUGUUCUUGCAUUUUUUCAUAAGCGAAGAAUGUCAAGAUUGGCUCAGGAUAGCUUCCCUGAUUACAAACAAAUACUGUUGGCGCCUUUAUUAUGUUUGGUUUGAAGGAAAUCCUGAAGCUGGU